GGUCCGCCGCGCGUCCUCAGAGCCCGCCGGAGCCCGGGAGCUGCAGCCGGCGCACUUCUCCCGCACGGGGCUGGCAAAAAGCGUGCUCCGAGAAGCCUGGGGCUCACGUCCGGACCUGCAAACCAGAGAGGAAUCUUUUCUUCAGCCUUUUGGAAUAGCACUUGGGGCUGGCAGCAUGAGUCUAGUAAGGCGCGGGGGUAGCCCCUGCCUUUUACCUUUGCAGCUCUUCAGCCUCUGCUGGGUGCUCUCAGUGGCCCAGAGCAAGACGGUGAGAUACAGCACCUUCGAGGAGGACGCCCCCGGCACGGUCAUCGGGACCCUGGCUGAGGACCUGCAUAUGAAAGUGUCCGGAGACACAAGCUUCCGCCUGAUGAAGCAGUUCAACAGCUCGCUGCUGCGAGUGCGCGAGGGCGACGGGCAGCUGACCGUCGGGGACGCGGGCCUGGACCGCGAGCGGCUGUGCGGCCAAGCCCCACAGUGCGUGCUGGCCUUCGACGUGGUCAGCUUCUCGCAGGAGCAGUUUCGGCUGGUGCACGUGGAGGUGGAGGUGAGGGACGUCAACGACCACGCGCCGCGCUUCCCACGGGCCCAGGUCCCCGUGGAGGUGUCCGAGGGCGCGGCCGUAGGCACGCGCAUCCCCCUGGAGGUGCCGGUGGACGAAGACGUGGGCGCUAACGGACUGCAGAGCGUGCGCCUGGCCGAGCCGCACAGCCCCUUCCGCGUGGAACUGCAGACGCGAGCGGACGGCGCCCAGUGUGCCGACUUGGUGUUGCUGCAGGAGCUGGACCGCGAGAGCCAGGCCGCUUACAGCCUGGAGCUGGUGGCCCAGGACGGUGGGCGCCCGCCGCGCUCUGCUACGGCCGCCCUCAGCGUGCGUGUUCUGGAUGCCAACGACCACAGCCCGGCCUUCCCACAGGGCGCGGUGGCCGAGGUGGAGCUGGCAGAGGACGCGCCGGUGGGGUCGCUGCUGCUGGACCUGGAUGCGGCCGACCCUGACGAAGGCCCCAAUGGCGAAGUGGUGUUCUCCUUCGGCGCCCGCACCCCGCCCGAAGCUCGCCGACUCUUCCGCCUGGACCCGCGCUCCGGACGCCUCACCCUCGCGGGACAGGUGGACUACGAGCGCCAGGACACCUACGAGCUGGACGUGCGGGCUCAGGACCGUGGCCCCGGGCCUCGAUCCGCCACCUGCAAGGUCAUCGUGCGCAUCCGCGACGUCAAUGACAACGCGCCGGACAUCUCCAUCACCCCGCUGGCCGCCCCGGGGGCGCCUGCCGCCUCGCCCUNCGCCGCUGCCGCCGCCGCCGCCGCUCUGGAGGGGGCGGACACGACCUCGCCUACUGGGCCCGGGACUCCAGAGGCCGGUGCCAUCUCUCUGGUGCCAGAGGGGGCGGCACGCGAGAGCCUGGUGGCUCUGGUCAGCACCUCGGACAGGGACUCGGGCGCCAACGGGCAGGUGCGCUGCGCCCUCUACGGGCACGAGCACUUCCGGCUACAGCCGGCCUACGCGGGCAGCUACCUGGUGGUGACCGCCGCCUCCCUGGACCGCGAGCGGAUCGCCGAGUACAACCUGACGCUUGUGGCGGAGGACCGCGGCGCGCCCCCGCUACGCACCGUGCGGCCGUACACGGUGCGCGUGGGUGACGAGAACGACAACGCGCCGCUCUUCACGCAGCGGGUCUACGAGGUGUCGGUGCGCGAGAACAACCCGCCUGGCGCUUACUUGGCCACGGUGGCUGCCCGGGACCCGGACCUGGGCCGUAAUGGGCAGGUCACCUACCGGCUGCUGGAGGCAGAGGUGGGCCGCGCUGGGGGCGCCGUGUCCACCUACGUCUCAGUGGACCCGGCCACCGGGGCCAUCUAUGCGCUGCGCAGUUUCGACUACGAGACGCUGCGCCAGCUCGACGUGCGCAUCCAGGCAAGCGACGGCGGCGUCCCCCAGCUCUCCAGCAGCGCGCUGGUCCAAGUGCGGGUGCUGGACCAGAACGACCACGCGCCGGUCCUGGUGCACCCGGCGCCGGCCAACGGCUCCCUGGAAGUGGCAGUCCCCGGGCGCACUGCAAGGGACACGGCCGUAGCUCGCGUGCAGGCCCGGGACGCGGACGAGGGGGCGAACGGGGAGCUGGCGUUCGACCUCCUGCAGCAGGAGCCGCGGGAAGCCUUCGCCAUCGGCCGCCGCACGGGGGAGAUCGUGCUCACCACAGCGGCUCCGCGGCGCGCACGCCGAGGUGAGGCCUUCCUUCGGCCGGGCGCCCGCUCGGUGCUCCGAGGACAGGCUGGGGGAAGGCGCUGGAGGGGUCCGGGUGGGCGUGCUCCACGGAUGCUAACCUGUCGCGCGUGUUUUUGUUUUGUUUUGCUUUGUUUCCUGCCCAACCCUCACCCCCGCCUCCCUCAUUCCCCGCUGCAGCCCUACGGUGCCUCCCCGGGGUUCGUGAAGGAGGCGGCGCCCCCCGUGGCGGUCUGGAAAGGACACUCUUUCAACACCAUCUCCGGCCGGGAAGCGGAGAAGUUCAGCGGCAAAGACAGCGGCAAAGGGGACAGUGAUUUCAACGACAGCGACUCCGACAUCAGCGGGGACGCCCUGAAGAAGGAUCUCAUCCACCACAUGCAGAGUGGGCUGUGGGCUUGCACGGCCGAGUGCAAGAUCCUGGGCCACUCUGACCGCUGCUGGAGCCCCUCGUGCGGAGGGCCCAACGCUCAUCCCUCGGCCCACCCACCAGCCCAGAUGUCAACCUUCUGUAAGAGCACAUCGCUGCCUCGGGAUCCUCUGCGCAGAGACCAUUACUACCAGGCCCAGCUGCCCAAGACAGUGGGGCUGCAGAGUGUCUAUGAGAAAGUGCUGCAUAGAGACUAUGACAGGACAGUCACUCUGCUCUCCCCACCUCGUCCGGGGAGGCUCCCAGACUUGCAGGAGAUCGGGGUACCCCUCUAUCAGUCCUCCCCUGGCAGGUACCUGUCCCCAAAGAAGGAAGCCAAUGAAAAUGUGUAACCCCCUGCUGCAUGUCGUCGCUCAUAUACAGGUCACUCUGAGAAGCCCCUAAGUUAUUGACCGGUUUCAGUGUUGUAUAUAUAAAUAUGCAAGAUGUGCCUUAAAAUGAAGUUGUUGGAAGCUAUUUCCAAUCACAUUGGUACUGUUUGGUAUUUGCAAACAAAAAUGUAGUUAAUGUAAUUUUUAUGAAAUGUGUGCCGUAUUUAAUUUUUCUUAUCAUGCUAUUGACUUUAGUUUCACUUGCAGCUUGCCAUUUUCUUAGUGUUUUUAACCUGUACAUUGUGUAAUGUAAUGUUUGUAUAUAAUGAAAUUUUGUUAUAUUUUUAUAUAAUAAAAGCUAAAGUGGAAGUUAUUGCCAAAGGAAAUGUCUGUAAGACAAAAAAAAAAACAAAAACAUGUUGGAAUUACUUAACGGACAUUUAUCUUUUACCUGAAACAACCUAGUGUUUGAGAAGUUUUGCCUUGCCAAGUAUAACUUGUAUAUCUUGAGUCUGUGGUAGAUUUCAAGUUCAAUGUUAUUUAAUUACAUUUGGUUUUCUGUAAACCGUGUCACUUAUAAGCACAGUAAUAAAGGAUUUGUCAUGUGUUUGAAGAAUCUG